AUUGAAAUAUUACUCACUUAAAAACCCCAUCCGUCUCUUAAACAGGAUUACUUCAAAGGAAAAAAAAUGGUGACUUUGUUUUUGAUGAUACUUGUCAUCCUUGUGGAGGCCUUCGACAUAAGACAAUUGAAUGAUGAAGAAGGUGAAAAUAAUAGCUCUGACUUAACACAUAAUGACGCAUUUACCGACAAAAAAUGGGUGGGUAACGAAGCAGAUUCCGAUGGUGAUUUCAAAGCUCCAACGAUGCAUGGGCAACUUGACAUCUCAGCGACAGAGCUAAGUACAAAUGAAGACCUUCCGAAGUGUGAAUCUUUCGAAGUUGGGAACCAAAGCCUUAAUUUUUUCCGCAGUCGUCUCGAAAUGGUUGACCCUAGUUUUGUCCAAUUUGCUAUCAAUUUUAAUACAAGUGUAAAAACUACUUAUUCAGAGCUCGCAUUCAAGCCAAAGCUGUGGGUUUGGACGUAUACCACAUCAUCUGUCAAAUAUCCAUAUCUACAGUGGAACAUAGACCAUGGGAUACUGUCAUUUGGUCUCCUUUCGGGACAAACUGCAAGCUUUCCUUAUCUUCACUUGGAAGCAGUUCCGCGGAAUUGCACAACAAAACUGGGGGAAAAACAGACAACGAAACUCUUGGCAAUAGCUAUGAAUAAAGUUGUUAAUGACUCCGUCCACAGCCAUAUCAAAUAUGAACGGAACUUUUUCUGUUACCUCUCCGAGGCUCCAGGCAUACGGAAAACAUUUGCCUACCAGGCGGCACUGUACACUAUUUAUCCCAUUGAGUUCAUCAAUUACGCUUGCUGCAAAAUGUCAUAUAUUUACGCGAAUACCACUUACGUUCCAGAUUGCACCGACCCCGAACAUUACAUGAAAAAAUGGUACGAAUGUCUUCAGGGGCCAUACAUCAUAGGAAUUGUAUUAUGUUUAUACUUCCCUAUUUUGUUAUUCAGGCUUGGUGCUUGGUUAUCAAAGAAUGAAAAGAUUACUUCAAAGACACGUGAACAAUGGUCUUAUUUAGUGAGCUGGGAAGGCAGUGUCUAUGACUAUGAAAACUAUGGAUGGAUAUAUCUGGAUGGAACAUCACCCCUAAAAAUAUUAGAUCUAUUUGGAUCGGUUUUUACCGGCUUUAAGACAUCUCAUCCAUUAGCGAACUCGAGAUUCAAUAGAUUUCUGAUUAUUUUGCUUGGCCCUUCAGUAAUCUUCAUGGAAUUACUGAUGUAUAAGAAUGGUAUGGGUCUAACAGGUCAUGUAAUAACAGUUGCUGAUCUUGUAGAACACGGAACUCCAUUAGGACUACUGUCAAUUCUGGGACACGCAAAGGACAGAUCUAAAGUUUUUGUACCAAUGCUUGGAGGACCCGUUAUGAUGUUCGUUAUAUAUUAUAUGUUGGGAAUGGUAUGUGUAGUUUUUCCAAUAAGUAUAAAAGCCAUCGUAGAAAAUGGCAUUCCUCUUCAUUAUUCAUAUUCGCCUCUUUUUUUCGGAGCACAUGAAAUCAUUCAAAUGUCUGGUAUCAAAAUGCAUGUAGAAAAUGGUUAUGAAAAGGCUUACACAAUGUUCAAGGCUAGCUGUUACAUGUUGUUUACAAAACAAUUUUGGUCCAAGACAUUGAAAAUACAAAAACAAAGGUUUAGAACACUAACAGAUCGAAAUUCGUUCAUGGUAAAACUUUUGUUUUCCCUUUUAACUCCUUUCAUUGCGUCAUUUUGUGUUCUCGAGUUGUUGCUUUGUUUAGUAUACUACGCUUGUCCUUGUCUAAGUUUCCUUGUUAUAAUGGUAAAGGGUUUUUCGGUAGCUUUACAUGGGAGGUAUAAUAGGAAUGGAUAUAUUACUAGUUCGAUCCUUUUCACUUUAGGCACAUGCUUCAUUCUAGCAAGCGUCACUCUUUUCGCCUAUUCAGGGAUUUUAAUUUUCAUUGAGAGCUUUACAUUUAUUUGCAAAGUCAUCAUGUUUUGUUUUGUCGCUGUGAUUAUUUUUCCAUCAUUCGCGUUUGGGUAUCUUUUUUUUGCUGUAGUUAUUUUGUAUUACUUAGUGCGCUUAAUUCGUGAUUUUGGUGAUACUUACUUGACGCUUUUGUCAACAGCUGUGGAAAAGUCAAUGGCUCUUGAUAGAAACGUUAAUGAUGUGAAAAUAUAUCAAGGCCACCUGAUCAUUUCAAAUGUAAAGGCUAUUGGUAUCCAGAGCAUUCGUAUCAACAACAAGCUUAUAGAUGUUCCACCCAAUGUUUUACAGACGAUUUCCAACACCACUGCUUUAGUGAAAACAAAGGUGAAAGAAAAUAUGUAUGGUAUUCCAUGUGACCUGUUCGAGUUUUUGGUCAAACGACAUAGGCCUGUUCAUAUCGAAGUGCUGAAGCUACUUUUCCAUAUUACAUUAAUCGCUUCUCUGAUUGGCAUGGCGGUUCUUAUUACACAAAGGGUCGUUUCUGGACCAGCUUCUGACGUAUCAGAAGUAAUGCACGUGAUAUUUGUCGUCACUAUUGGCGCUCUACCGCGAGUGCUGGAGGUUGCCAUGGUUAAUGAAAGCGAAAUAGUAAAAGGAGAUAUAGAAGAAAGAGAUAUUGAACAAUCGAUUGUUGAGUACUGGAGAAGCAAAGAGGAGGAAGCGGGAAAUUGUGUGCCAAUUGUAGAAGUGCAAUUCGAUGGCUGAAUCAGAAUGAAGAACUAUAUAAGUAUCUGAAAAACAAAUUAGAUUGUAAAACGUUUCAUACAAGUAAUUAUUUCAUGGUUCUUAUGUGUUGCGUGAAUCAUCACCAGCAACUACUGUUUAUAGGAUAUUUAGUUCGCAUUGGAAACGUUGGUGUUUGCAGGUUUUUUAUUAGCGUCAUUAUCAAGGCCCAAAAAGUGUCGCGACUUUCAAUAAAGAACACAUUGUCA